AUGGGCAGCGAGCUUUCCCAGGACAUUGAUGUUGAGGACAUUGAUGUUGAGAAGCUAGGAAGACAGCGCCCCGAAGUUUUCUCUUCUACGUUGACAGAGGUUGCCUUCGUCAUCUCUAUCCUGGGCUCCCUUUCUAUGGCGGAUUUCGUCAUUAGCGGCUUUCAGGUCGUUUUACCUAAUUUGAUCGAGCCACUCGACAUCCCUCUGCAAGCACAAACAUGGCCCUCGAGCGUCUUAACCCUGGCUGCAGGCGCAUUCCUGUUCCCUCUGGGGCGCCUGGCAGACAUGUACGGAGGAUACCUUCUCUUCAAUGGAGGCGUGGCGUGGACUGCGAUAUGGUCCGUCAUUGCCGGCUUUUCUCGCAACUUCAUCAUGCUGGUCAUCUGCCGUGCUAUGCAGGGCAUUGGCGCUGCCGCAUUCCUUCCUGCCGGCAUUUCUCUGCUUGGCCGGAUUUACAGACCAGGCCCGAGAAAGAAUAUUGUUUUCAGCCUCUAUGGUGCUCUUGCGCCUCUUGGCUUCUUCAGCGGUAUCAUUGUUGGCGGCAUGGCUCAGGAUUUGCUGUCUUGGAGGUGGUUCUUUUGGCUGGGCGGCAUGGUGUCUGCCGUCUUCGGUGUAGGAACAAUUUUUACGGCUCCUCGUGACUAUGAAGAGGCACGCAAAAUGAACGUCAAGAUGGACUGGUGGGGAGUUUUCACGACUGUGCCUGGCUUGAUGUUGCUCAUUUAUGCGUUGACCGAUAGCGCGAAUGCCCCCAACGGAUGGGCAUCACCUCAAAUUCUGGUGACACUUAUCCUCGGCCUCAUCUUUCUUGGUGCAGCUGUAUAUGUCGAAGGCUGGGUCGCUGAGGCACCUCUUAUCCCGGCAGAUAUUUUCCGCGUCAAGUGCAUGAAGAGAAUGCUCCUGUGCCUCUUCAUUACAUGGGGUGUCUUCAGCAUCUAUCUCUUUUAUGCCAACUUUUACAUUGAAACGAUUCUUGAAAAAUCGCCCCUAUUGACCGCGGUAUACUUUGGGCCUUGGGCUGGUGGAGGUCUGGUCUUGGCCACCACAAGCGGCAUCAUCCUCCACCUCCUGCCCGGCAAAGUGCUCAUUGUUCUCUCCGGUAUCUCAAAAGUCAUUGCUGUGCUCAUGUUUGCCAUUAUGCCUGAUAACCCGAGCUAUUGGGCGUGGAUUUUCCCAGCCAUGCUGUGCGAAGCCGCCUGCGUCGACGUUCUUUGGACUGUGAGCAAUGUCUUCCUAACAACUAGCCUGCCAAAGAACCGUCAGGGACUUGCAGGUGCACUCAUCAGUGUUAUGCUCUUCCUCGGAGGUGCCUUCUUUCUGGCGAUUGCAGACGUCGCCAAAGCGCAGUUUGUGUUGAAUGGGAUGGAUCUCAAACAUCAGUACAAGGGUGUCUUCUGGAUCGGCGUCGGACUCGCAGGACUUGCCCUGAUCAUCUGCCUUUUCAUGGACUUGGACAAGGCUGGCGGUGAUUUCACUGUUGAUGAGAAGGCCAUGCGGAAGAUGAGCAAUGCAUCUUCAGAAAACGAAUCGGAUGUGGAAUCUGCUAUUGGAGGUGCUCGCGUGGAGCCGAUGCUGGGUGUCGUUGUUCAUUCACCUGAGCAGGUUCACAAUGAUGAGCAAGCAGCCAAGGAUUCAGUUUGA